UUAAAACAUGUUUAGUGGUGUCACAUUUUCCUGGAAUUCCCCAGGACAAUUUUCCUCCUGACCAGGGCCCGGGGAAAUACCAAGUAAACACCUAACCUGCUGAUCUCUAGCAAUUCGUCCUCCUUCCCUAAUGCCGCCCUUAUCUUCAGCGUUCUCUCCUCCCCCAGCCAUGCCUUGUUCAUUGGCUUGUACUCCCACAGCUUUCCAUCCUGUCAGCCCCUCCCCGCUUUCUCUGAGUCUCCCAACCCAGCCUGUGCUUGCCGGUUUUGUACAAGAUGAACUGCCGGGCAGGAUUCUACCGACAGGAGCUCAAUAAGACGGUGUGGGAGGUCCCUGAUCGGUACAAGCAGCUUACCCCCGUGGGAUCCGGUGCCUAUGGCUCAGUAUGUUCUACUUACGAUACGAAGACAAGACAAAAGGUUGCCGUUAAAAAGCUCUCCAGACCUUUUCAAUCGCUUGUUCAUGCAAGAAGGACCUACAGGGAACUGCGGCUACUCACGCACAUGAAACAUGAAAAUGUUAUAGGUUUAUUAGAUGUUUUUACACCAUCAACGUCUGUUGAAAAUUUUAAUGAAGUAUAUUUGGUGACUAACCUAAUGGGAGCUGAUCUCAAUAACAUAGUGAAGUGCCAAAAGCUAACGGACGACCACAUUCAAUUUCUUAUAUACCAGUUACUAAGGGGCCUCAAGUAUAUACAUUCAGCUGGAAUCAUCCACAGAGACCUGAAGCCCAGCAAUUUAGCAGUAAACGAAGACUGUGAAUUGAGGAUUUUAGAUUUUGGUUUGGCACGGCAGACAGAUGACGAAAUGACUGGUUAUGUUGCAACAAGGUGGUACAGAGCACCAGAAAUUAUGUUAAACUGGAUGCACUAUAAUCAGACAGUGGACAUUUGGUCAGUUGGAUGCAUCAUGGCAGAGCUACUAAAAGGCAGAGCUCUUUUCCCAGGGAAUGACUAUAUUGAUCAGCUAAAAAGGAUAAUGGAAGUUGUCGGAACCCCUAAUUCUGAAUUUCUUAUGAAAAUUUCAUCUGAACAUGCUAGACGAUAUAUUGAAUCUUUGCCGUAUACGCCUAAGCAAGAUUUGAAGGAAGUUUUCCGUGGUGCCAACCCAUUGGCUAUCGAUCUACUGGAAAAGAUGCUCAUAUUAGAUAGUGACAAGAGAAUAACUGCCACAGAAGCACUUGCCCAUCCAUAUUUUGUACAAUAUCAUGACCCUGAAGAUGAACCCGAAGCAGAACCGUAUGACGAGUCUACAGAGGACAAAGAACGUACCAUAGAUGAAUGGAAAGAGAUUACAUACCAAGAAGUGAUUAGUUUUAAACAGCCUGAUCAUAAAAUUGACAACUUGGAAAUAGAACAAUAAGCACAGAUAUUUCUCUUCGACCUGGAUGGUUUAUGAACUUGAACUGGUUCUGUUGACCAAAGAUGAGUGAUACUACUGGAGACGUCUGCAUUGUAUCUAUGUGGCUACUACCCUGAUUAUCGCAGUACAUGGAAUUUUAUGUUAAAAUUUUAUGGCACCUGCAUAAAGACUAUUCUUUAUAAAGCACAGUUUUCAUGUUCUGCAGGAAAGAUUGACUGACAAGCAUUAAGUAUAAGUUCAUAACAACUCUUGAAUAUCUGACUGUACAAAGAUACUCACAUAAGUAAUUCAGUUUCUAAUGCAUUUUGCUUUCUGUUGUAACAGUAACAUCUCUUUUCUUGACACUAAGCACUGUGUGAGCAUGUCUAAUUGGGUAAGAUUUUAGAGAUUGGCCUUUGAUACUUUUAAAGGGACAUUAAACACUAAAUGCUAGAUAUGAUAAUGCAUUCAAAUAAAAGAUUAGUCUGAGAAUAACAUGUAGAUGUAUUUUUUUUUAAGUUUCAUUAGUUGUUUAAAUAAUUAACAUUAUAACUUUUAAUGUCUAUGAAGCAAUGGGAGCUGCCAUGUUGCAACUUGACUUUCUGUCUCUGCUGUGGCCAAUUAGGGACAGUUAUAAAUAGGUCACUAGAGUGCAGCCAAUGGCUGUGUGGAAUAUAACAGUGUUCUGCACUUCAAUUUCUAACAGGAACUGAAAAGCUCACAAUUUUAGAAUAAAACUACAGGAAAAGGGGGCAAAAUAAAAUAUUGCAGAUUUUUUUUUUUUAAUUAUAAAGUGUUUAAUGUUCCUUUAAUACCUCAAUAACAACAAUAAUAUUUCAUACUGUUGGUAUUAUUAUUAUUAAGGAUGAUUAACAGUGUCAAAAACAUCAGAAUGGAAUUUUCAAUAUUCAAAUUUUAAUAUUCGUUCUAUAGAAACACACAAAUUGUAGAACAAAUGUAAAGAGAAACAUUGAUUUUGCUGUUCAAAUGUCAAAAGCACACACAUUUUAACAUCCCUUAUAUAAAGAGACAAUAAACAUGAGACAUUUUAAGUUAAAACUAAUUGUGUGCCUUUAAAUGUUCCAGAUUCUGAAUAUAAGCUGAGCAGUGUCCAGCAAGCCCCACCACUCUAUUCACUGAUUAUUUUGCAUGUUCCCAGUCCUAAACUAUCUGCCCUAUGGCUUGAAGCAGAUGUGUUGCACAUGCUCACAUUCACCCUCUCACCUGCUGGGAGUGUGCACAAUACAGAGUGAAUUUAGUGGGGAGUAUGGCUUCUUGUUGACUGUACCCCCACUAAUGAAAAUAAGAAAACAAAUGUUAGCUUGAGGGCGGCAGGGGAUGUGUUUGCAGAAAACGGUUUCUUAGAAAAAUUGCGCUUAUCAGUUUACAAUCGUAGAAGGUUUAAAGGCAAAUACUACUUCAUUUUAGUAAUAUUUCUCAUGUUUACUAUCCCUUUAAGUAUUGAAUCUCAAGCAUAGGUAUCAGUAUAGAAUAUCAGGGAAUUGUGGUAUCAGCCCAUGCUCUAGUCAUAAUAAAUUAAAACUAAAAUGCUGCAUGUGUUUUAAAGAAGGAAAAAAAAUUGUUUCCCCAUGAAUGUGAAAAUCAGCUUUUAAUGUGUGAUGAGUGCAUGUUAAAAUUAGGUUAUAAUGUCAAUAUGAGGGAGGGACAGAAGUCUGUAGCAUAUCUGUGAAGAAAUGAUAAGCCUGCUUUUAUUUAUAGCCAGUGCCUUUCAGAGAUGAAAGGGGCAAAAGAUCAUGUGUCCUUACUUAUGUCUGCUAAGCAUUGCCAGUCUUGUAUUUCUUAUGCUGCCAAUAAAAAAAUCAAUCUUU